AUGGACCUCAUCAAAUUCAAGGUCACCGGCGUCGUGCAGGGCGUGUGCUUCCGGUACUACACCCAGAAAGAGGCGACAAGGCUGGGGAUCCGCGGGUGGUGCCACAACCACCCAGACGAGAGCGUCGAGGGCGUCGCCCUCGGUCACCCGGAAGAGAUUGCAAAGUUUAAAGUCUUCCUCUGGCGAGGACCACCAUCCGCCGAGGUGUCCAAGGUCGUGAUUGACGAGACUAAGGAUGUGGAUGUAGCAAGUGGGGAAGUAACGAGGCUCGACUUGGCACCGAAAUUCGAGAUUCGCAGGUUCCGUAGAUAG